AUGUCUUUCCAAGACGUAUUGAGACGCGGAGAUGAGUUUCUAGAGGAAUAUCCGAGAACUAACCCACUUUGGAACUACGCGUCACAUGCCACGUGCCUAUUCAUGAUUACGGGGUCUAAAAUCAUCCUCAAUACUUUAUACAAACCAUUCGUACAUAAUAUAGAGAAAUUAGAUAAUGCACUAGCGAAGGCAAGACUGGAGAAUAGAGGACUUCUUACAGUGAUGAACCACAUGUCUGUGGUUGAUGACCCAGCGUUCUAUGCAGCACUACCCUGGAGAUACCAUUUAGAUAUAGACACCAUUCGAUGGGGGUUUGGUGCCCACAAUAUUUGUUUUAGUAAUGUAUUCCAAAGUUGGUUCUUUAACUUGGGAAAGAUAUUGGGCACGAAAAGGUUUGGGGAAGGUCCGUUCCAAGGCUCAUUAGAUGCUGCUAUUAGAAUAUUGAGCCCAGAUGAUACCCUAGAUCUUGAAUACGAACCUGGCAUCAAAGAUGAAGCAAAACCGGUGGUUCUUCAGACCGUCAACAAUGUCUACAAUAAGUCAAACACGGAUAUGGUAAAAUUUAUUAAACCGACGCCAGACUCGACCAACGUCUUAAUGUCAAAAAGCCCAUUCAUACGAUCCAAAACUUCGUGGUUUCAUGUAUUUCCUGAGGGCUUUGUGUUGCAAUUACAAGAGCCACAUGGUAAUUCAAUGAGGUAUUUCAAAUGGGGUGUAAGUAGACUCAUCCUUGAAUCUACAAGGGCUCCUGUCGUCGUGCCCAUCUUUACAUAUGGCUUUGAGAAAGUUGCUCCAGAACAUAGUGCUGAAGAAGGUAUUAAAAGGUGGUUACCUGCCAACAUGGGUGCUGAGAUACAUUUGACCAUAGGAGAUGCAAUUUCUGAUGAAAAGAUUGAGCGUUAUAGACAAGAGUGGAGGAAGUUGGUUGUCAAAUAUAUCGAUAAAUCAAACCCAAUGGACUUGUCAGAGGAGUUGAAAACCGGUCAAAAAGCUCUUGCUUUGCGUAGCUCACUUGCCGCUUUCUUACGUGACAAUGUUUUGGAAAUUAGAAACUCAAUUGCAUCAUUCAAACCAGAGGAUCCGAGGUUUAAAGAUCCAAAAUUUUGGAAGACGUACACUAACACAGAGGGUAUGAGUGAUGAGGACGUUAAAUUCAUCGGCAAAAACUGGGCCAUUAGAAGAUUUCAAUCUCACUUACCCGAAUUUGAAGAAGAUACUAAAUAG